AAAAUUUCCAGUUGUACGCGUCAAUUCAUUUAAAAGGUUAUCAGGUACCGCCAUUUGUUUCCAUUAGAUGUCAGCCUCAUUCUGUAAGGUUAAUUCAAAAGUUUUUACAGGGUAAAUGCAUUCAAUUUAUUUAAAACUUGUCACCCUUUUGAGUUGUGACUCUGUGAGUAGGGAUAUACCUUCAGUUGAUUCGUUUUUAGAUCUUUUUGCUUACAAUUUCUUACAGGGGUUAAAAUUUAUAAUUUUUAUUGCUUAUCCUUUACUUUUUUUUACACUGUUUCAAGUUUUUAAACUGACGGUAGAUUAUGCAAAGAAAAGUGACGCUAAAAUGAUGCAAAAAAAGUGUGUUGGAUCGUUUUUACAUUUUUUGGCAAAAGAUUUUGCAACGUUUAAUAAAAGCAAAUGUAAUAUAAUACAGUUUUUAAAUAUUAAAAUAUUCUUUUAAAAAAUUAAAACAAUCCAUAAGUCAUAACGAUUAACAAUUGACAAUGAAAAUGAAGUGAAUAAAAUGUUUCAUCUCUGAACAAUUAAUGAAUCUUAAAAACACUCGUUAAGAUCUAUAUAAAUCAAUGGGCGAUGUUCAAAAAUUUAUUUAUUUUUAUUUUCCCAAUCUAUUAAACAAUGUUUUGCCGCAAUACUGCUUUGCGAAAAGUUCAAGGACUUGGUGAAAAGUUCAAGAAUGUCGCAGUUUAAAUUUGGCCUAGAACAACAGGGAUGCCGCGGUCAAUGUUUAGUGCAGUUCCACGAGGAUGCUGCGGUUUAUGUUCAGCGCAGUUCCACGAGGAUGCUGCGGAUUAUGUUCAGCGCAGUUCCACGAGGAUGCUGCGGAUUAUGUUCAGCGCAGUUCCACGAGAAUGCUGUGGUCAGUGUUUAGCGUAUAUCCACAAGGAUGUCGAAGUAAACGUUAAGCGCAUAUCCACAAGGAUGCUGAAGUUAAUGUUUAGCCAUAUCCACAAGGUUGCCGAAGUUAAUGUUUAGUGCAUAUCCACAAGGAUGCUGAAGUUAAUGUUUAGUGGGUAUCCAAUCAUUAUUUUAUAGCAUACCUACCAGCCACAAACACAAUGAGAGAUCCCUCUCACAACCCUCAAACUGUAUCUUAUACUUUCCAAAAAAUAAACGAAUAUAUAUAACCCUGUACUGCCGGAUAUGACGUAUGUACCACUAUCACCCAACCUCUCCCAUGUACCACAUGUACUCCCUGCAUUUCUCUUUUUGACGUCCCCGCGAUAGGACCUUUCUAUAAGCAGGCGUCAAUUCUCCACCCUCAUUCUGUUAUCUUCAGGUGAUUAAUUAUUUUUUUUUUUUUUUUGCUUUCCUUUCAGUAUUAGGAGCGAGAUGCUAAAUACUGUUUUUUCUUAUAUUUAACAGUAAAAAGAGCGAGAUGCUAAUUUACUGAGUUUUUAUUUUAUACUAAUAGUACAAGAUGCUAUUACGUUAUAAUUGUUUCGGUAACAGGAGCGGGAUGCUAGUUACUAAGAUAUUUGUCGACUAUGUUUCUUAACAAGGGUCAACUAAGAAUUAAGAGUAUAACUUCAGUUACUCUGCCGGUUUUCUAGAGCGUGAUGCUAUGAUUUUGUAUAAUUUAUUAUUGCCGGUCAAGAAUUGAUUCUUUGAGCUUAAUGCUAGAGUCAAAUUCUCCCUUAUUAAAGUGUUCUAUGCCUAUAACUGAAUUUCUUAUUCAGCAUGGCGCCAGAGCGUGGAGACAAGGGCUCUAAGAUUACUCCGAAGCAUACGGAGAAGUCUGACAAAUCCAUUCCUAGAACUGAGAAAGUUUCCCCAGCAGAACCCAUCCCGAGUGGUUCAGGUCUGGCUAAACCUCCUGAGCAGGGGCAGAACUUUUUUCUUCAGUUCUCUACCUUACUGCAGUCUAACUUGAAACCUUUAAGUGACAACUUACAAGGAUUGACGCAGAAAGUUUCUGGUCUUGAAGCUGCUCAAAAUGAUUUGCAAGCUCAAUUCCUAGCUCAGAGACAACAGACCUCUCCUGUUAAAUCCUCUGAUCCUACUCCUCUAUCUUGUAUAUCUGUUUCUAAUGAGGUUGGGUCUGAUAAUGACUCUGAAUUUGUAGAACAAGAUGACGAGGAUGAGAAGAUUGAGGAUAUCAAUCCGUAUCAAGAUAAUUCUCCCUUAGAUCAGAUCUUUGAGAGUAAUUCUCGUCAAUUUUGGGUUCCAGAGCAGAAGCAUAUAGAUUUAUGGAACUCUGCAAGGAACAUGGAUCCAACCAACAACCAUAAAGAGGAUUGGUCGAAACCUAUAGCUGUCAAGGUUAGAAAGUUUUUAACUUCGCAUCCUUCAGCUAAACCAUUUCUGGGUCCAUCCCCUGAUGAUGAUGUUCCAGAUCUUAGAUACAACAAUAAGAAGCUCCUGGAGAAGCAACUAUCAACUCUCCACUCAUCCAUUGGAGCUGGAGCAGCUGCUCUGACAGAUUUGCUGUCCUCUACUGAGCUAGUUAUAGAAAAUCUGCAGAAAACUGCUGCAGACUACAGUAAUCCAGAGGUUCAGGUUGCAGAUCCAAGGGAAGAAGCUGCGGAAAUAUUUUCCACUCUUGCUGCAGAGUUCAAAGAUACAUAUGUUAAGAAAGCAAUUAAUGCUUUAAGAUUGUUGGCUGAUGGUCACAAUAAGGUUACAAGUCUACGUAGAUCUCAAUAUGUGGAUAAUGUGACCUCUGGUUCUGAAGCCCGGAACAUGGUUCGACGGCUGCAACCAUCCAAGCAAUUCUUGUUUGGUGGGGAUAUUCAGAAGGUUUGUAAGUCUUUGAAAGACGGAAACCAGUUGUCCACUGUUCUUCAAAGGAAGCCUAGUUUUGGAUUCAAGGGACCAAAGAAGGAUUUUAAGGGAACCAAAGGAGGAAGAGUAGAUAGAUUCCGGAGCAAGAACCCAAACUCCAAGUUUCAAAGGAAUUUUCUUUCAAAGAACUAG